AUGGAGCGAGGCGCAGCAGAUUCGCGGACAUUAAGAAUCCCUCAAGGUGGACGGAAUGGCUCCCGUGCAGAACAGCCAGCCGUCCCCGGUGGACGAGGCGCCUUUGCCCCUUCCUCGUCUUCGAUCGCCGUUGCCCAGCCCAGGCCCGGCGCCGGUUGGUGCGGUGCCCCGCAGGCGAAAGCGCAGGUCCGGAUGACAUUGGAGGAGCGGUUCCGGCUGAUGAUCCGCCGGCCCACGCCGGGGGAAUUGGAGCUCCAGAACUUCUUCCAGCACUUCGACGCGUUCAACGCAACACACCCAGACGACCAGCGCUUUGAGAAUGACGUGGGGGCGAUUUGCCAAGCCUUCACGGAGCACUUCGAGCGGGACACGGCAAAAGAUGUGUCCCCGGUGUUUUUGAUCCACUUCCUCAUCAAGAUCGCGCAGUAUUUGCAUGGCUACGUGAAAAGGACGCCAACGGAGCCCAAGGCGAAGAAAGCGAUGGUUGUGGCCUGGACAAGGCUUGGAAGCGCCGACGUUUAUUCCGCCACAACCAUUGCAAUGGCGCCCGCAGGCUUGCUGAGGUUGGAAGGAUACUCCUUCAAGGAAGUUCUCUUCAGCGUGCCGCUGGAUCUGUCGCUGUCUGCUGUUGAGAAGCAGCCCAGUUGGUUCAGCAGGCUGUUUUUUUGGUCCACGUCUGUCGAAGACCAAGUGAGCAGCCUGGGGGUGAAGGCCGUGGCGGUCUUUGCGGUUUUACAUCAGGCCAGCCUCGUUGAGCGGCGCCAAAGCUUCGGAUGGAUGGACUUCUGCGACAAGGCGGCGGCUGUGGUGCAGAGGGUCCACGAGGAAGUGCUCAAAGCGCUGCUUGUCUGGAAGGAGCUUCUGCCCAAGCUCGAGCCGGAGAAAGAGGUGCUGCAAGCUUUGCUUCGGGCGUUCCCUCUUCGAGCAGCGGUGAGACUCAUCGACCAGCUGGCCGUGUGUGCGGGUUCCUUCUGGCGCCAGCUCCCCCACUGGAUCUCGCAGGAUACGAAAGAGGUGGCUGUGGCCUUUGCGUGGGUGCUUCAAAGAGGAGACUUGGACCAGGAGGCGCUGGUCGCCUGGUUGCAGGUCAUCGGGAGAGGCCAGCAUGGUCGCCUCCCCGCCAUGCUGCAGCAGCUCACCGGCCUGGAUCACUCGCGCGCAGUGGAGGAGGCCUUGGACGGUUUCCUGCGGUGCGGCAAGACCCGGGCCCUUUUCAACGACUUCGAGUGCUUCAUCGACGAACGGCCGGACCAUUGGCUGUCGGUGUGGCUUCUGAGGAACAUUGACAAGAUUCAGAUCCUGAACAUAGAAGGAAUCACUCUCACACGCGUCUGCAACUACUUGAUUGGCGUUCUCAACAGGAACCCAUACGACUUCGAGCAACCAGGAUCAUGGCUGCUGGGAACCGUGGCGAACAUCGGGCGCACCCUGAACGCUUCCGAUCGCAUGCUGGCGCUGCUCCUGCCGUGCCGCGAGCUGACAUGCUUCCAGGCGCAGGACUGUGGGCUCCGGCAGAUGCACACAGCAAGCGAGAUCCUGGAAAAGGUGCCGACCGUGAAGGAAAUCGAUUUGCAGCAACUCAUCCCACUGAAGGACCCGGUGAGCCGCGCUUGGGUGGACUCCUCCGGGGCUUGGCUGGUGCACUGCGCGGCGAAGGCCAGCCUGAGAUGCCACCCGCAGCUGCAGGAGGCGGACCCGGAGCUAGCCCAGCGCCUUCUGGAGUGGAUGGAGGAACAGAUCAUGAGCCAAGGCCAAACGGAGAGCUGGUUCAUGAUGGUGCUGCUCCUGCACGCCUUGAACCCCAUCCUUCGCAGCCUCGACCUGUCGUUCUCUGCGGACAUCUCGGCGCUGCCGGACACCUUCAUGAGCUAUCGGUGCCUGGUGGAGUUCCAUCAGCGCCUGGAAGCCAUUGGCCUGGACUUCGGCUCCGGCGAGGCCUGGCGCUUGUGGGAGCCGCUGGCGGGCUUCUGCGAGGCGGCCAAGGCCAUCCUCGACCAGGACCCGGAGGCAGUGACAGUGCAGCGGGCUGAGGAGCUUUCGCACUGCCGGGCUUUGUGGACGCAGUGGCGCCAGGUCUUCGAGGACUGCCAGCGCUGGCAGCCCAGAGGUGACGUCUUCGACCGCAACGAGUUCGACCGCCUGAAGGAGGAGGUUUUGAAGUUGCAGAAGGUGCUCCACUGGCUAGCGGAGCGUGAUGUGGAGGGCUGCGCCCUCAUGGCACAGACGCCGGCACACCACGAGCUCACGUGCCAGGCCCUGCGGGAGUACCGGGACAGGGUCCGUUUGGAGCUGCAGGUCUUGGGCAGCGAAAAGCUGCAGCUGGUGCAGCACUUCAUCGGCCACGAUUCCCAGUUCUUCAGCAAGGCCCUCAUGGCCCAGGCGGGCAAGACCAGAGGCCGAAGCAUGGCGGAUGCUGCCAACUGGCUGGCGGAGACGGACCGUUUGCUCAAAGAACUCCUCCGGAACAACAUCAGGAUGCAGGAUGCCAUGAUCUUCAUCGAUGCCUCCCGCCAGGUGAGCUUGGAGGACGAGAUCGGGAAGAUCACCUCCUUCCCGGCCUACGCCGACCUCGCGAGCGCCGAGCUCACCGGUUCCAUCCGCAAGGCCUUGGCGCUGCUGCAGUACGCGGUCGCCGCGCGGCAGGUGGCCGAGGCGGUGCGGCGCCUGCGCCUGGUGCCGGCGGAGGACCCCGGGCUGCGGCGCAUGGAGGAGGACCAGACGCAGUCCGUGCGUCCCUUGAAGGAAGCCAACCAGGAGUACGCUCACCUGGUACAGCUCUUCCGCUGCGAGCAGGGAUCCUUGCACAACAUCCAUUUUGCCCUCGCCGCAAAGUUCGCGGAGUGCAUGCCUGUAAUCGACUUCUUCCGGGAGGUCGAGUACACGACCGCUGCAGGCCAGGAACGCUUCGAGCAGACGAAAGCCAGCCUCGACGUCCAGCUGCAAGGACAGGUGGAAGAGACGAUCUUGAACGAGGUCAUCGAAAUCAGCCCCUUGGUGGGGCCCUUCCUGUCGCCGUGUGGGUCCCUGCAGCAGUGGGUGCAGCAGCUGCUGGUUGGACUCCCUGCGGUGCUGCCCCGGCAUUUGGAGGUCAUCGCUCGCGUGAAUGAAUCCCUUGGCCUCGUGGUGGGCUGGUUCUCCCGGUAUCAAGGCAAGGCUUUGGAGAGCGCCAUUGCCACCGCCCAAGCGCUGCAGGACACUGGCAGGCUGGAGGUGUCGCUCGCACAAAGUUCCUUCUCAGCUCGGAUUCGGUACCAAGCCGCUGGCUUCAAGUCCACCACUCAUCUUAGUGAGGCAGAAGCGCGUGAAUUGGUGCAGCAGCUGACCUUCUACAGUCGUGGCCAGAGCGACCCCAACGCCAGCGUGAAGGUGGCUGUAAGCUGCAGGGACCUGUGUCGGAAGGCGAUGAACGUGGUGUCCAAGCUCCGCACUUUGAGGUCCAAAGGGCACCCGCAGUACCAGUGCUGCCAGGUUUUGGUGCCGCUGAGCUCCAUCCCGGAGCUGGACGCUGAGGCUGAAGGCCUGCAGCAGCAGUGCCAGGACUGGGAGCGUCUCUGGCGCCAGAAGCGGCGCGACCAUCCGCUGCUGGCCUUCUUCGACAGCCACGAGCUCUUCUCCAUGGUGGUGCUGUGCUCGGGCCACCCGCUCCGCAGAAACGUCAUCGAGGCCAUGCGCAACGUGCAGUGGCCGAAGGAGGAAGAGGAGGACAAGGAAUUGUUGGAGCAGCUGUCGGCGGAGUGCCUCGCAAGCUUUGUGCACAGCCUGCAAACGGCGACGUUCCCGGCCGAGCUGGCUCUCGCCUUCAGGAGGCACAGCGUUCCAUCGCCUUCGGAGCAGCCGAAGGCAAUGGUGGAUGCCCUGCUGCGGGUGUUGGACAAAGCCGGCGUGGCUGUGGCCCCCAAGUUGGUGGCUAAGCGCUCCGGGCGCCAAGAGGCUGUGAGCCUCGAUGUGGACAACUUUCGCAUGGAACUGUCCCUGCUGGCUCGCAGCUUCCAGAACCGCAUCGAGUGCUUCUCUGGGCGGUGUGUCCUGCGGUGCCACGACGCUUUGCCUCACACAGCCUUGGAGGACUUCCUCCAGCGCUGCGAGAGUUUGCCCGGCGGCACCUUCGUGAUCCUCGGGGUCAACCUGCUGUCGGCCCGGCAGCAGCGUCGUGUCCAGAGCUUCCAGCUCCAGUUGAACCAAGAGGAUCAUCACGCGCAGGUGGUGUACGCUUAUUCGGGUGCCGUGCCACAGCUUCCCGACUUCAUCAAAACCUCGUCCCUCUCGCCUCUUUCUGAUCAAGAGCUUCAAACAUCACUUCGCCCCUUGCAGAAGUCUCUGGUGACUCUGAUUUGCGGUCUGCCGGGCACCGGCAAGACGGAGCAGAUGAAGGGGCUGGUAGGGGAUGUUCCGCUGCUGAGCAUCACCGAGCAAUACGACGAGGCGAAGGCCCAGGCCACUUUGAACACUUUGGCCGCCAGAGGCGAGCGCAUCGGCCUCAAGAUCUCUGAGAAUGCGGACAAGCGCCAGGUGAACCGCUUGCUCUUCGACCUCAUCACCGGCGCUUGGCGCAUCCCCGACGGCUCGAUCUUUGCCGAGUCGCCCUCAGCCCCGCUGAGGCUGUGCAUUGAGGUGCCGCACUGUCCGCAUCUGGGGCGCACGCCGGAGGAGUCCAUGCGAAAUGAUUAUCCUGUCUUGGGAGUGUGCGAACACCAGCUCAUGGUGGUCACCAACACGUCUCAAAACCUGAAUGUGGGGCCUGAUGAGCGCUUUGUGGCAAAGUACUUGCAGGCUGGCAAGAACGGCACGAUCGACAAGUUGAGUGACUGGCGAAACCCUGUGACGCACGAGGAGGUCCGGGAUGACAGCCUUUGCCGUCAGCUGAUCCAAGAGGCAUUUGCAAGCCACACGCGUGCGACCCACAACAAGCGCAACAUCAAGAGCUUCGUUCAGUAUUUGGUGAGAAGAUUCCAAUUCUUCAGCAAGUCCCACUUCUAUCUCUACAACGGUGAUCACAGGCAUAUGGGCAGCGCGCUGCUGGGACAGAUGCUACGGGAGGCAGCCAUGCUGUCAGAGCCCAAUAUGACCUGCAGCGUGGAGCAGGCAAUGCUUGUGUAUGAUGACGAGUUUGCGCUGUAUGUCCUUUCCCGAGAAGACGCAGAUCUUCCAGCAAACCUACAGGAGUUCGUGGCGGAGGGGCGCCGCCACUUGCAGAACCUCGAGGAUUCGGACAGAUGCGCAGCCCUGCUCGGGUGGCCUCUGGGACUUCAGCAAAGCGAGGUCAAGCAAGUUUGCGACGAGCAACAGUUUGUACUGGUGCAGGACAUCACCUUCCGUUUGCUGUGCCUCAACGAGCGGCGCCUGGCGCGCAUGCCGGUGGUCUUGGAUGGGCUCACCGGCGUGGGGAAGACCUUCCCCCUGAAGGUCUACGCCCACCUGCUGAACUUCCGCUUCCUGAAGAAGGACUCGGAUCUGCCGGAGGCGCCGCGGGUGCUGUGGCGCGUGAAGACCUGGCUGCGCCGGGCGGUGCUUCCGAAGUUGGCGGACCAACAGGUGGCCCAAGGCCUAGAUGCCAGGCUGCUUGGGGAAGAUUGGAGCGUUGACCAGAUCCUGGACCUCUACGAUGAGAUUGAGGACAUGACCUUUGCCCCGGCAGCGCCGUUGGCCGCCUUCGGUCCGCUGCAGAUGGCGGAGCAGCUCUGGGACGAGGUGUCCUUUUGGCUGGCGGACAGCCCGCUGCUGGAGGCCUCCAAUGAGUUGCAGAUCUGCCUACAGGAGGCGUCCCCGACCCCGGACAACGCGCGGCAGCUGCUGCGCAGCUUCAUGCAGAGCCAAGUCGCGAGCCUCUUCCACCGGCUGCUGAUUCACCCAGACCUGAGCUUGCACGAGGUGGAAGCAUUCCUGCGUCCAAUCAUUGAGGUGGCCAAGCGCGCGCCGAAGGUGCAGCUGGUUGUCCUUUUCGAUGAGGUCAAUACAUCAUCCAUUCUGGGCAUUUUCAAAGAUAUCAUGGUGGACCAUACCAUGCAUGGCGAGCUGCUGCCAGAGAACAUCUUUUUCGUUGGCUGCAUCAAUCCUGCUAUUUCGGUUCCCGAGGAUGGGGAAGGGCUUGCACAUCGCGAGGAAUACUUUGUCCAUCCUUUGCCGGUCUCCAUGGAGGACUACUGUUGGAAAUGCCCCCCUCUUCAGCAGCAUGAAUUGCACAGCUUCAUCUUGCAAAAGAUGCGGCUGCAAUUUAGCACAGCAUUGUUGAAUUCGGCGCUGCAAAGCAGAUUUGUUCGUCUCAUUUGCGAAUGCCAGAAGCUGUUCGUCACCAAAGUUGGGGAAAGUGCAGUGAGCCAGCGCGAUAUCCAUCGCUGCUUGAUCGUGCUCGAGUACUUCUGGAGCAACUACGACGGAGGUCACACUCCCAAUGACAAGUUUAUGAGCUGCAUUCUUGUGGCGAUUGCUGUUGUCUACCACUUCAGACUUGCAGAUGAUGGCGUUUACAUGCUGCAGCGCACAGGCCGGGAGCUCCAGGAGGACUUGGCCAACGUGGUGCGGGAGAUCACCAGCUUGAACUUGCGGGAGGAGGUCAACCGAGUCAUCGACUACUUCAUCUCCGAGCAGAACUUCAAACUGCCGGAGGGCGUGGCUCUGAACCGGGACCUAAAGGAGAACCUCUUCGGGAUGCUCAUCACCCUGGAGACCAAGCUGGCCAGCGGAGUCUUCGGGUCCCCGGGCCGCGGGAAGACCUUGGCCUUCGAGGUCAUGACGCAGAACCUCCGGGGGCCCCAGUCCCCGAGGGAGUUCUGCCGUCGCUUCCGCUCGAUCGACUCCCGCAUCUACCAGUGCUCCCCGGAGAGCACGGCGCAGGAGGUGCAAGACUUCCUGAACCGCGCGUUGGAGCGGGAGCGCAUCUACGAGCAGCGCCAGGGCCGGGAGCGGUGUGUGCCCUUCUUUGACGAGGCCCAGCUGCCUCAGGAGGCGCGGAUGGUCAUGAAGCCUUUGCACGACAUCCUGGACGAGCGCCGGGUCAGCACAGUUAUUGUUUCUGGCUGUCCGCUUGACGCUGCCAACAUGAAUCGCAUGCUCAGCUUCCGCCGGCACACGCAGAGCCUGAAGGACUAUGAGGACUUGGGCCUGGGCGUGUUGGGUAAGACGCUCAGUGGGCAGCCCCAGCCUGCACAGACGCAGCGGCUUCUGCGGGGCGCGGCACAAGCCUUCCACGGUAUUCGCAACGACCUGCGCCUGCGGGAGGUCUUCUAUGAGAGGCACUUCAUCUCCUGGCUGCGGUACCUCAGGUGGCACUGCGUGGUCAAGGGCAAGCCGGUGCCGCCGCGGAAGCUGCUGCUGCGGGCGCUGGAGGAGACCUUCCAGGCGCCCGCCGUGGCGGCGGAGGAGGUGGUGGGCCGCUUCUUCGAGGCCAUGGGCCUGGACCCGCUGAAGCCUUCGGAGCUGCGGAACUGCCUGGACCUGGCGAGGGCCUGCAUCUUCGGGGACCGCAAGGCGUGUCUGGAGACGGGCGCCCCCCACUUGGCGCCCCGGUUCUGCAUCGUGCUGGACGACCAGAAGGACGACUCUGCGGCCCGGUGCUUGGUGCAGCAGGGCCUCAUGCCGCAAAACUUCGAGAUGAUCGACGUGCAGGACUUCUCCAAUGACGCCGAUGAGGUUGGCUGUGCAGAGUGCGUGUCGCAGAUGAAGUUCUGCAUGGAGUCUGGUCGCCCGGUGCUGUUGCGGAACUGCAGCUCUGGACGGCUCCUGUCCUCUUUCUAUAACCUCUUCAACCAGAACUACCGGGUGACGGAGACCAAGGAGGGCGAGCAGAUUUUGUAUAUCAUUGUGGCCCACGGUCCGCGCACAUACUACUGCCGCGUGCACCCUGACUUCUUCGUGGUGCUGCAGAUGCAGAAGGAGGAGUUCUUGGCACAGCCGGCGGCACUGCGGUCGCGCUUCUCUGUGGUGAUGCUGCCUCUGGAGGAGGUGCUGCAGCAGCGGCUGCGGAGCUUCUCGGCGCAGCAGCAGGCGCGGGUGCAGAGCGCCCUCGAGCGUUGCGAGGACUUGGUGCGACGCUUGAAGCCGGAGGCGUUCUGUGGAAUGGCGGACCACACGCUGAAGAGUCUGCUGCUGUCCUUGUUGUCGCGCCUGGGCAAGGGAAGCCCCGCCUCCCUGUGCUCGGACUUGGAGGGCGCCAGCGUGACCGUGCAGCUGGUGGUGCGUCUGCUCCAGCUGAUGCCGCCGGAGUGGAUGCUGCACGCGGCGCCUCUGCUGGGGCGCGAGGACUUCUACCGGGCCGCCUACUUCCGUCAGAGUCACUUCUCCCUGGCGGCUUUGCUGCGGGCGGCCCAUGGCCAAGCCUUGCGCAAGCUGAUGCUCUACACCAGGCAGUGCGCAGAGACCCACCGGCUGCUGCACCAAGCCGAGCAGCAGGGCGAGAUCGUCACCAUCAACGUGGGAGAGGUUGACUCAACGCAGGCGUUGGAGGCGCUGCUGACUGCCAGGAUAGGUGCACGUGAGCCAAAGUCCGUGAUCCUGGUUGUGGACAUGGAGCACCACGAGAACCAGCACAUCUCGUGGUUGCGAGCCUUCAUCGACAGCAAGGCCCGGAUUGACACCCACCUUCUCUUUGGCUUGUUGUUGCUUUACGCACCGGAGCGCGUCAUUUCUGGGCGCCUCUACCCUUGCAUCUUCUUGGACGAGUGGGAGUUCUUCUUCCUUGACAGCAUCGGUCAAAGUGUGUCCUUCGACACAGGGGCCAUUCUUUCCUCCGUGGCCACUGGCCAGCCAAGUGAGCACUGUGUCAAGGAGGAGAGCAUGAACGCCUACGUGGUGGACUUCUGCCGACGGGCGCGACUUCUCCCCGCACGAGCCAAGACUGUGAAGCAGGAUCGAGCCGUUGUGAAGCGGGAGGGUGGCCUGCUGGGGAAAGUGGUCGCGUGCGUCUCCUGGGCUUGCGAAUGCGUGUUGGACAGUCUCGAGGCCAACUCGCUGUCCCAGGCGGACCGCUUCUAUGCCGAGAAUGCCAGCUGCAAGGAUCGGAGCCAAGCGCUGAUGCAGGUGCUGCACCAACGCCCGGAGAUUUGGCGGCACCUGGUGGCGACUUUCCACACGCAGAUCUUGGGGGACGACUUGCAGCAGCAGAUCACCCGCAUCGCGCAGGAGGUGCGCAGUGGCCAGAAGCUGAUGUCCCUGUCGGAGGGAGUGCGCUUGUUCCUGCACCUGAAGUUCCAGGACUAUGCGGUGCGAUACCUGAGGACCAUUUGCUCUCGCUAUGGCUUGCGGGGCCUGCUUGCAGACCGUACAGGCGCCACAGCCGCUCUCCUGCCCAUGCUGUCCACAUGCCACAUGGAGGGCCACAUGGACGACUCCUUGACCAUCCCGCUGGGCGAUGAGUGCCGAGUGUCGCCGCUCUUUUCCGUACUCCAAAGACACCUGCAUCAGACUCUGCAAAAGUUGAUUCGCAAGGGGCGGCUGGACGAGGAGGCUUUGGCCCGGAAACUGGCCGAGGAGUUGAAAAAGGACCAGGCGCUGCAGGAGUUUGGUCUUUUGGCGGACAAGGAGGUGCUCCAGAACUAUGGCACCUUCCUGCUGGAUACCUUGGGUGCUCCUGCAGAAGACUGGAUCCUUCAGCUCCUGCUUGGCUGGCUGGGUGCCUUUUGUGCGUGGCAUGAGAGUCCUUUGGACAGCUUGGCCUCACUGUGCGUGGCGCACCACAAGCACGGCCCGCGGCUCGUGCGGCUCUACGCGGUGCUGCGGCUGUGCCGCCACCUUUUCGGCGAGCGCCCGGCCAGCCUCGACUCGCUCGGUUCGCUCGAGGCGCGAGCAAUGCGCUCGGACCUGGAGGAGCUGUCGCUGGACGCCUUGGAGGAGGGUCUCUGGCAACAUCUGCGCAGCAAAUUGGAAGGUGAUCUGCAGGAGUGGUUGCAGCUCCAUGCGCAGGCAGAGCGCCACUUGACUGCCCGGGCGUCCCGGGCGCGACUGCAAGCCAUGUCUCUCUGUGCGUUUCUGGCGGGCUGUGACGUGGACCGCAGCGUGCUGGCGGAGCUGGUGGCGCGUGAGGGCCGAGAGCUCGGGUCCAUCUUCGAGCAUUUGGGCGACGCCCAUGCCGCCUUCGUGCGGAACCUGGUUUGCUCCACUCUGCAGCCCGGAGGCGUCCAGGUCUCGGAGGAGAUGCAGGAGCAACUGGUGGCAGGUAUCCGAGAUGGAUGGCAGGUCGCGGACACCAAGAUCCCAGACGAGCUCGGGAUUUGGAUCCUUUCAAAGUGCCCGACGGUGGCUAACUGCCUCCAAAGCAUUGAGCAGACCUAUGUCCCUUUCUACGCACCAUCACGUGGCGAGGGGUGCAGGCUGGCAGAUUUGACCUUCGCAUGGAAGGCAUCGUCCGAAGAGGCAGAACUGAUUGGAGCCUUCAUGCGGCUCUACCGCCUGGAUGGGCGGAACCUGCUGGGGUCCAUUGAGAAAAACGCUCUGGAGUUCAACGUGGCCAAGCUGUUGGCGCGGGUUUUGUGCGAGGAGCAGGACCCGCAGCAAGCGGCGGAAGCUUUGCGUCGUGCUGGGGAGGAGGACCUGCGAGCGUACUCCCUUGAGGUGCAUGGGCCAGUCUUCAUCCGUGAGGUCUACCAACUCAGGGGGUCCGGCUACCUGCAGGACCUGCUGCAGAGCCCGGAGCUGUGUACCGUUCUGCCCGCAGUUGCGGAUCUCCGCCCGCUGGUGGAGUCUGCAGCCGCACGCACUUCGGGCUGGUGGCUGCUGACCACGGUCCUUACUGUCCUGGGUUUGGAGGUCACAGACGAGGUGGAGGAGCCGCAAGAAUACGCCAACAUCGUGAAAGCUUUGCGGCUCUCCUGCGAGCAGAAAAGUAUUGCCAGAAUUUGGGACGCCUGUGCUGCAGCUCCGCGCCAAGUGGUGAAGGCGUUGUUGUUUUUGGCGAUUUAUGAUGGCUUUUACAACGCCAGAAAUGCAGCGGUGCACCCCAUGCUGGACUGGCUCCCAGAGUUGGAUCUCAACUUCUCGGAGCGGGAGCUCAACAUCUUCCGGGUCUUCAUCGACCCCUCGCUUCAGCGGACGCACAACUCAGCAAACGAAGUCGCGCAGAUGUUCCGGGUGGACUGUACGGACAGCCUCCAGCUGCAGAUGCGGAACUGCUUGGUGAGCAACGUGGCAUGCUUGCUGGCGCUGCCGGAGGCCAAGCGGCACCACGUGUGGCUGCACGCCAAUGAGCCGCAGACGCUCCACGGGACCUUCGGCUUCGGCAGCACUUGGAAGACCGCCAUCGGCAGAGUGCACUACGACUGCGGCUGCGUUUUCGACCUGGACGGCAACCUGAAGUACGGCAACAAGAUCCAGAAUUCGCACUGGUCUGCGCAGGCGGCUGUUGCCAGCUUCUUCCAGAGCUACGGCGCCUUCUGCCUCCACUUCUUGUUGGACGACGAAGCACAUGAGCACCUUCAUGACCAGGUGCUGACCCCGACAGCCAUUGUGUCGCAGCAAGAGCAGUUCUUGAACCAGCACGGCGCUGCGGCUUCGGACCGCAGCGCCAACUUCUGCUUCCAGCGGAUGGCCACGGCCUGGGAGUUCCUGAACCUCGGCCUGGCCUCCGAGCAGCUCCAGGUUCUGAACAGCCGCAUCGCCGAGCAGAUGUUCCUGAGCUGCGCCGGGGAGGAGCGGCAGGAGCCUCGCGUGUUUCUGCGGGUCUUCGAAAACGCGGAGGCGCAGAUCGCUGCGGAGGUGGCCUUCCGCGACAUCCUCACGCACCAGCUGCAGGCGCUGCCGGAGACCCUGGACGCCCUGCAGCAGUGCAACUGCGCGGCGCUGUCGCGGCAGGUGCCGCGCCGGGCCGCCUUCGCGGACGGUUGCCUGGCCAUGUCCAGCUCGGACACCGCCUUUGCCCAGGUGGUGAACCGCUAUGCCAUGGCGCUCCAGGAGCUGAAGUUGGUGGAGCUCGGCCCGGACAUUGUGAGGCUCUAUGCCUGGCUGCACGGCCCGGACUUUGUGGAGUACCUGCAAUGCACGGGUGCGACUCUUCAGCAGCUGGCAGGAAUGACCCUUGGCGAAGCGGUGCAGGAGUUCUGCACCAAGAACAGGCCUUUGUGGACCCAGGAGAGCUACAUCCAUGAUGUUUGCCAGCAAGCUUUAGAUGCAUGCAAGAAGUUCCGUACUGCCACCAAUGGCGCACUACCAGUCGGGGCUUGCGGGCAGGAUUUUAGCUUUGAUGAGCUGUCUCGAGACACAUCUUUGCUUUCUCUCUUGUCCCUUUCCGGCGAGCAUGAUGGUCCGGAUUUGAUGUACCGAAUCAUCAGCUACAUCUUGAAAGUCCGGCAGACCUAUCUGGACACGAUCGAGGCCCUGUGUCAGCAUGAAGACGCCCCGAGGAGCCUCCAGCAGAGGCUUUCGUUUCAAGGCGAUGCAGACAUGGACUCACUCAUCAGCACUGGACGCCUGGAUGCGGAGUUCAAGCUUCUUGUGGAAGGCUUCGAAGAGUUGGCGGUAUCGUGCUGCCUGGAUGGGCUUUUGGAAGAUAAAAGGACUUUCGACUUUGAGCCCCUGGCCAAGCAAGUGCUGAUCUGCUCCUGGGACAACAAGAGCAGGCUGACCGAUGCCAUCCGUCGCCCAGUGAGCUUGGCGGAUGGCCAGGCUUCGCAUUCGGAUUGGGCGGCUCCGGCUCCGAUGGAGUGGGCGCCGGAGUUUGCAGCGGACUGCGGAAGCGGGUUGCUGGCGGGUCUGGAGACCAGCUUGCGGUGCAUGAGGCACGCGGACUUGCUGGCGAGCGAGCAAGCGCUCCGAAAAGCGGCGGCUUUGAUUCCGCUCGCUUCGCUGGAGCCUCAACAGACCCUCCUGCAGGGGCUGGGGGCGCUGGGCGUGCCGCUGCCAACCGCGCUCGCAGAGGCGCUGGAUGCUUGCUGCGGCCAGCCCUUGAUGGCGCACUUGAAGGCCGUGUGGGCGCUGCUUUGGGGGAAGUUGGAGCAGAAGGAUUUCGUCUUCGUCCAGGUCCACGAGGCGCUGCGGGUGGCUUUGGAGCCUGCGCACCAGGUCCAGUUGCGCGAAGCCAUCGCCAGGUGGUCCGUGCAAGACAUCGACGAGUGCCUGGCAGCGCUCAAGAGCUGUGAGGGCCGGUUUUUCGAGUACAAGGACCAUGCCAUCCGGGAAGUGCUGGAGUGGGCCGGCUACGAGUCGGAAAUCUUGGCCCUGCCGGACAGCCUGCGAGGUUGCCACUACCGGGCUGCUUGCCUGGAAUUGCUGGAAGCGCGUCAGGGAGUCGACUGCGAUGUCGAUGCCACGAGCAAGUGGUGGGAAGGCGACACGCUCGAAGUUGCCACCCUGCCUUCAGCCGACGCCGAAGCUACGAUCGAUGAAGCCGAGGAACCAGAGGAAGUUGAGGAAGUUGAGCUCGAGGACGAGGUCGAUAGGCCGAGCCGCCUGCCUCGGCCCCACGCGUUCGGCAUCAGCACCAUGUGGGACGACGAGGAGUUGUUGGCUUUAGAGGAGGAGGAGGUGACCCGAAAACGAAACAGGGAGAACCGCGCCGCUUGCGAGAUCCAGCGGAGUUGGAGAGCCGUGCAGCAGGCCAAGGAGUUGCAGGCUUCGGAACAGCGGGCAGCCACAAAGAUCUGUCGACUUGUGCGGUCCUGGCUGCAGAUGCGCCGCCAACGCAAGAGGGAGAACCGCGCCGCUUGCGAGAUCCAGCGGAGUUGGAGAGCUGUGCAGCAUGCCAAGGAGCUGCAGUCUCUGAAGGACAAAGAGGCUUGCCGGCAACGCAAGAGGGAGAACCGCGCCGCUUGCGAGAUCCAGCGGAGUUGGAGAGCCGUGCAGCAGGCUUUGGAAAAGCGGGCAGCCGCAAAGAUCUGCCGAUUUGUGCGGUCCUGGCUGCAGAUGUGCCGACAACGAUCUUUGACUCGAAAAGCCACAGAGGCGCGGCUACGCGUUUGGCGUCUUUGUGGCAUCCACUUGAUCACGAGCCAGCCGCUGCUGCUUCAGCUCUUCCAAGCCUGGUCCAGCUACAAAGGCGACGCGGCCGUGAGCGUGGUGGCUGUGCCCCGCGAGUUCCGGGAGCAGCCGAUGCUGGCCGCAUCUGUGCCCGUGGACAACAUAAGAUGGCAGCUGAGCGUUGGGGACCAGACCAAAAGCUUCCGCGCGCCCGGGGACAAGGUGCUGGGCAACGCGCUGAAACCCAAACAUUUCGGGCUAGGUGGGGAGGACUUCUGUCUGGUCACCGAGGACAGUGCAGUGGAGGAUGUGAAGAGCCCUACCCACGCCAAGCUGCGAGUCGUGCCCGUGGCCGAGGUGCUGGAUGUGCAGGUCCUCGGGGUCGGGGCGAAGUGGCAGCAGCAGAUGCACCAAGACGCCACCUUGGGCAACGUGGCGGCCCUGAUGGCGAGAGGCGAUCUGGUUUUCCUGGAGAACCAGAGUCUCCUGCCGAUGCACACAGUGCUUAGCUCUCGUCAAGCAAAUGGCACCGUUCAGCUUCGGGCAGAGAGCGCUACCCAGUGCUGGGCGAUCCAUGGCAUCGAGCCAUAUUACGUGUCCUUGAGUGCAAAUGCAGCGCAGCUUUGUGCAGCGGUCCGGCUGGAGGAGGACUUGGUGCUGUGGAGCGAAAACGGCCUGGUGGACACGCUGACAGCGGAAUCGGGUGCCAUGUGGCUAGAGCCACGGGCCGGGACUUGCAGGCUCUCCUUGAAGAUCUACGAGCAGCAGAUGGGCGUGUGCGUGCUGCGGCGCGAGGGCUGUGCGGGGCUGCUGGAGACGCUGAGACGCCGGCUGGCGCUGCCGCGCCUCGCCCUGGUGCGCCGGACCUCGGAAGGCCUUCGAGCGCUCGCCUGGGAGGACGUGGCAGAGACAGACCACGCCGAGGUGUUGGUGCAGGCUUCCGUGCACGGCAUGGACGGCGCGUUCGUGAAGCAGGUGUUUGUGCAGGAGGACACAACGGCCGGAAGGAUUCUGAGCGAGCUGAAAAGCAAAGAGGCUUUGGCAGACGCCGGUUUCUGCGUUUUGGAGAAGGACGUGUCGCUCUACAAGCGGGGCCUGGGCCGCGUGGAAUCCUUGCACCUCACCACCCGGCAGCCGGUGCGCAUCGCUGUGAACCGAUCCACGGAGCUUCUGCUGGGGAUGGCGAUCCAGGCGAACGUGGGACACGUGGAGGCGGAGGUGUGGGCCUGGCUGCGGGGCGAGCGCACGUCUUACGGGGCGCAGUCGGCGCAGAGGGAGCUGUCUCUGGAGCCCAAGGAGAGCUUCGCCUUGGUCUGGGACUUCCAGCACUCCUGCAGCCGCCUCGAGGAGGGCUUCGCGGCGGUGCCGCUGUGGGACCUGGCGGAGCUGGUGGAUGGGCUGGGCCCCGUCCGCAUGCGCCUGGUGCGGAGAAGCGAGCUGAUGCAGAUGGAGGUGCAGCACCCAAACGUGCCUGGACUCCAGAAAGCAACCAGCACCCGUCUCUUGGUGCUCAAGGAGAGCCAGGUGGAAGGACUGCAAAACCAGGUGGUGUCUCUGCAGCGGCUGAUGGGCGCCGGUUGCCUGCGCGACGAGGAGGAGGGCAUCCUCGACGGCACGCUGGAGCAGCUGCAGAUCGAAGGCCGGCUACAGCUGGACCUCUGUAAGGAUCCCAUUUGGCUGGAGCUUCGGGUGGCCACGGGCAGCCCGGAAGAGUCCCAGCGCGCCUGGUUGGCCUUCGCGGAAACGGACACCCGCCAGGAGCUGCUGCGAGUGGCCCGCUGGGUGCUGGACAUGCCCCAGGCUGUGGUGACAGAGCUCACGGCGGGGGGUGACAUCUGCGAUCUUGAGGGGCUUGAGGAAUCCAUGCGGGACUUGGUCACGGCGGCGGAGGAGAACGACGCCGAGAUCGUGCUGACGCUGGCGGCUCCAUUCGGGUGCGACGUGGAGGAGAUCCUCAAGUUCGGAGUCAGCCGGGCAAAGGAGAAGGAGCCCAAGGAGAAGGGCUCUCACAGCCUGAUGUCUACGACGGAGGAUUCCGAGGUGCUUGCGAGUGAGAGCGUGCAGUCUUGGAGUAUGGUCGACCUCCAGCACGCCAGAGGAGGGUGUUGA